AUGAUUAGUGUGGACUUGCGGGCGAUCACCCAGCCUGUGGGCAUCAUGCGAAUAAUGGCGGCCCUCCUCACCUGUAUGUGUUUUAGCUUGGUGGCAACAGUGGGACACGUCUCAUCUCCCUACUGGGCGUGGUGCAUGUUCACCUGGUGCUUCUGCUUCUUCUUCACCCUUCUCAUUCUCAUCCUGGAGUUCACAACUGUCAAUGCCAAAUUACCUUUUGCCUGGGAUGAUUUCACCGCUGCCUUUGCCAUGCUGGCGAGCCUCAUGUGCCUUUGCGCCUCCAUCAUCUACCCCACCUUUUUCACAUGCAAGACCUGCCACCGCCAGAUCGGUGCCUCUGUGGUGUCCUGGGUCUGUUUCGGGGUGUAUGCAGGCGAGGUGGCUUUAACUCGCCUUCGUCCGAGCGGGCAGAACAGCGGGUUCCUCUCCACGUUGUCCGGCAUUAUGAAGAUGCUGGAGACGUUCCUCGCCUGUCUCAUCUUCAUGUCCCUGGAGACAGGUCAGUACUCCGGCUCCCCGGGUCUGCAGUGGUGCGUGGCCGUGUACUCCCUGUGCUUCAUCUUUUCCAUCCUUAUAAUCCUGCUCAGCAUUGGACAGCUGAUCUCGUAUCUUCCGUUCUCCUUUGACAAGCUUGUGAUCGUCUAUAACAUUUUGGCAGCUGUGAUGUAUAUUACAGCUAUGGUGAUCUGGCCACUGUAUAGUUUGCACAACAGGAAGAGACCCAGUGACUGUGGCCCCCUCUGUCCCUGGGAUAAACUGGUGAUGGUCACCUUUAUGACGAUCCUCAACGCUAUCGUUUACACACUGGACACAGUCUACUCCAUACGCCUUGUGUUCUGUGUCAGUAACCAGUGA